GGAAACUCCGGGACCGGCUCGGGAGCGAUUAAUUAACUGGGAAGGCGAAUGCCGAAUGCCAGGAGGAGGAGAAAAGAAGAAACCUCAGCGGCAAGCUCUGCGAUUUCGGUGCUGCUCCGAGCGGGCAGCGACCUGCGGGACACCAAGACGACCUGUGAAGAAGCCCCAUGAAGGUGACCAGCCAUGCAAUGUUCCUGGAAGGCUGUCCUCCUACUAGCCUUGGCAUCCAUUGCGAUCCAGUACACGGCAAUCCGCACCUUCACCGCCAAAUCCUUCCACAGCUGCCCCAUCCCCGUGAACUGCAGCCUGAGCCAGGAUGCCGAGGCGGCCGAGCGGCUGUGUGAUGAGAGCCCCACUUUUGCCUACAACCUCUCCACCAGGAAGACGCACGUCCUCAUCCUCGCCACCACCCGCAGCGGCUCCUCGUUUGUGGGACAGCUCUUUAACCAGCAUUUCGACGUCUUCUAUUUAUUCGAGCCUCUCUACCACGUGCAGUACACGCUGAUCCCGAAGCUGACGCAGAGCAAGAGCACGACGGACCGGCGGGUGAUGCUGGGGGCCAGCCGUGACCUGCUGCGCAGCCUGUACGACUGCGACCUCUACUUCCUGGAGAACUACAUCAAGCCCCAGCCCGUCAACCACACCACCGACCGCCUCUUCCGCAGGGGAGCCAGCAAGGCCCUGUGCUCGCCACCCGUCUGCGAGGCCCUGGGCGCCGUCGAUCUCCACCUAGAGGAAGGGGACUGCGUGAAGAAGUGUGGCUCCCUGAACCUGACGCUGGCCACUGAGUCCUGCAGGGAGCACGGGCACGUGGCCAUCAAAACCGUGCGGGUGCCCGAGGUGAGUGACCUGCGGGCGCUGGUGGAGGACCCGCGGUUGAAUCUGAAGGUGAUCCAGCUGGUGAGGGACCCACGGGGCAUCCUGGCAUCCCGCAGCGAGACCUUCCGGGACACCUACCGACUCUGGAGGAUCUGGGAUGGCACCGGCAGGAAGCCCUACAACCUGGAUGUCACCCAGCUGACCACGGUGUGCGAGGACUUCUGGAACUCUGUUUCCACCGGCCUCAACCGGCCGCCGUGGCUCAAGGGCAAGUAUAUGCUGGUGCGGUACGAAGACCUGGCCAGGAACCCCAUGAAAAAGACCGAGGAGAUCUACGAUUUCCUGGGCAUCCCCAUGGACAGCAACGUCGAGCGCUGGAUACAGAACAACACGCGAGGGGACCGCUCCUCAUCCAAGCACAAGUAUGGGACGGUGCGCAACUCGGCGGCGACGGCGGAGAAGUGGCGCUUCCGUCUGUCCUACGAGAUCGUGGCGUUCACCCAGCGCGCCUGCCAGCAGGUGCUGGCACAGCUUGGCUACCGGGCCGCCCGCUCCGAGGAGGAGCUGAAGAACCUCUCCAUCAGCCUGGUGGAGGAGAGAGACUUCCUGCCCUUCUCCUAAGGCCGGGCCCCGUUUUUGAUACGGACCAUUUCGAACUGUUGCCUUAUUUUGUUUUCUUUUGUUUGGUUCCCCCGCCCCUCUUUCUCGUCUUCUUCUCUCCAAAAUUUGCACUAAAUCUUGAGCGGGAAUCUCAGUGGAGUCCAGGGGAAGUGAUUCUUGCCUCUCAAAACGUUUUGGACGCGCGAGGAAUCGGGUCUCUCCAAGCAAGAGCUAGAACUGUGGAUGGGUAACAAUGUUUACAAAACACACAAAACGUAUAAAGCAACCUUCAAGCUUUCCAAACCGAAGGGUACCUGGGGUACUGUACUUUUGCACUGUUUACUUUUACAAUGUAAGAGGUAAAUAUAAAUAUAAUUUAUGAAUGGCGUCGUCCCCUCCAGAAUAACCCCCUUGCCCCCAAUGAGCAGGUCAGACUGGAAGCUGAACUCAGAGCAACUUCCUUGUCUCAGAUCUCAGUUUGAUAUUGUUGAGACAGUUGGAGUCACGUUAUGGGGCUGAGCAGGCCGUCAGCUACUCCUACAUGGUUGUUUGGUAACACCUGUGAUAUUUCUGUGUGCCAAAAUCCCACAACAGGAAAAAAAGAAAAGGGAAGAAAGCGAUUGGGUGGUUUGGUAGAAGCCCAACACAAAUGCUUUAUUUCUGUGUUUUCUGUAAAUAAAAGUGCAAUAAAACUGACCUGGAGGCGAA